AAAAAACAGGCUCUACACAAAAAUAUAAUAAAUGCAGUAACUAUGGGCCUAAUGAAUUAAUAUGGGAUGUCCCUCGGACAUUUUUGAUAUCGGUGCAAAAUACCGAGCGUCGCACCGCACGUUGAUUUGAAACGUGGCCGUACGUCCUGCGUGUCAGCUCGAUGUUUACGCGCCAGCACGAACCCGGUCUUAAACAGCGCUCCCUUCUCCUGAAUCUACCGAAACUCUCUCAGACGGUCACCAUGGCGGUUCGGGUGGAGGCGUGGCCUCGCAGAGCCACGUGACUCUUUCUCCGGCGAGUCCUCCAGUGUCGCUGGUCGCGUCGCGGUCUGCGUUGAAAGAUGGCCGCGGUGGAGCAGCGCCCGCCGGUGCGGGAGGGAAUUCGGAUCGCGGUGCUGUGUCUGUGCUGGUACACCGUCAGCUCCGGUGGCAACGUGAUCAAUAAAAUCAUCCUCAACAGCUUCCCCUAUCCGGUCACGGUGUCUCUCUUUCAUAUACUCUCCAUCAUCGUGUUUCUCCCGCCGCUGCUGCGAGCCUGGGGCGUCCCGCGAACGGAGUUACCGGCCCGCUACUACCGCUGGUUCAUUCUGCCGCUCGCCUUCGGGAAAUACUUCGCCUCGGUCUCGGCCCAUUUCAGCAUAUGGAAGGUUCCGGUGUCGUACGCGCACACCGUGAAGGCCACCAUGCCCAUCUGGGUGGUUCUGCUGUCACGGAUUAUCAUGAAAGAGAAGCAAACCACGAAGGUUUACGUGUCUCUCAUACCCAUCAUCGGAGGUGUUCUGCUGGCCACCGUCACAGAGUUGUCCUUUGACGUCUCUGGGUUGAUCAGCGCCCUGGCAGCGACGCUCUGCUUCUCUUUGCAGAACAUAUUCUCGAAAAAGGUCUUGCGCGACACGAGGAUUCAUCACCUCCAGUUGCUGAACAUCCUCGGCUUCAAUGCGGUCAUGUUUAUGCUGCCUACGUGGAUUUUGGUGGACCUCUCUUCUUUCCUGAUGGAUGGAGACCUGGCGGAGGUUUCCAACUGGACAGGAACCCUCGUGCUGCUCCUCAUUAGUGGUUUCUGCAACUUUGCGCAAAACAUGAUAGCUUUCAGUGUGCUGAACCUAGUCAGCCCACUCAGUUACGCCGUAGCCAACGCGACAAAGAGGAUCAUGGUCAUCAGUAUAUCCCUGCUGAUGCUCAGGAACCCCGUCAACACCUCCAACAUCAUCGGCAUGAUGACAGCAAUACUAGGCGUCUUCCUCUAUAAUAAGGUGAAAUACGAUUCCAACCAGGAGGCCAAGAAGAAACUGCUGCCAGUUUCAGCGCAGGAUAUGGUUUCGCUCGACAAACCCCAGUCCAACGGCUCCGGGCCCUUCGCUCACAGCUCAGACUUUCAGCACGGCCGGAGCACGGUGCUCACCGACCACUUUCAGUACAGCCGGCAGGCCUACACGGCCAAUUACAGCUCCAAGCAGUACGUGGUGUGAGUCGGACACUUUGGAGGACUGUAAAGACUGGUCUCUGACCCUCCAGCUUCAGAAGAGAUGGGCGAAGAUUUCAAGCGACUGGAAAAGGAAUGUUUACUCACAAAAUCCUACUGCUUUUUUUCACAGGCCUGUUAUUUAUUUCAUCAGAAACCUUUUUUUGGUCGUUAUCCUUUUCAGCUGAUGAGGAAGUUCUCAGCGGUGCGGGCAGGUUAUAAUUUUUUUUUUUUUUUUUUUUUUUUUGCACAGGGUGCAUUUCAGUGCAGUUCAGAAUGUAACACGUCUUCAUCGGACAGACAAGUGGCGAGACCUCUGCCAUAAAACAUACACUGGGUCACUGCAAAUACAAAUGCAUCAGGGUAUUAGUCAAUGUUCUGGUUUUGCCUUUAAUUUGUAAAUAUUUUAUUUAUUUUUAUAGAGGAAGGUGUAUCGGUUGACCGUAUCAUGAGCUGAAAACCUCCUUUUUUUGUUUUUGAAUGUCUAAUAUCUGUGAAGGAAUCUUUUUUUGGGGGUCAUUCGAUCAGACAGGUCACUGUACAGGAUCACUUGAAUCACGGUUGAAUCAUGAUUAUCAUUUUUUGUAUUUUUAUUUUAUUUUUUUUACGGACAUGCAGACGAGGGAAUUAGCAUUAACUUAUAGGUCAGUGGAAUUGAUAUUAAAUGUCUGGGAAGGGAAGACUGGGGUGGGGGGCGGGGGAUGCAGUCUAUUUAUUUAACUUUUUUUGUUUUCUGGAAACCGACGUUCUGUAAGUUUAAAUUUGUCGCAGUCCCUCAAACUGAAGUUCAAUAAAACGUUUGAGGCCAUCGUUUCGGAACAGUUUUUUGUUUUUUGAGAAUGGUCUUGUUAAAAGGUGCAAUAUUCCUUUCGAUCAUGACGUAUUGCUUUCGAUCGUGUUUCAAGCUCUAAAACCUGCAGUUGAAAGAGUUCAGGGGCUGGGAGCCUAUUUUAAAUAUCACUGACCGGUUAUCGUCUCCGUUUGCAAAUUUAUGCCAGUUUUAGCAAAAUGUAUGAGGUGGGGGAUUAGUUUAAUAUUUGUAAGCUAUCUGUUUUUUUUCCCCUCCUCUCUUUCUCCUUUUCUUUUUAAAAAGUGUCUUGCUGCUGGAAAGUUAGACACAUUAAUUUCGGGGCAAAAAGCAUGCACGCGUUUGCAUAACUCUGCAAUGCAUAACUCUCAAGAACUCGGAGUUCUUUUUAAAUAUUUUAAGUGUUACGGAUUUUAAAUAGCAUCAUAUUUCAUAGUGUGUAUUUUGAAAGACUCUGUCUUUAUGUCUCUGUAUAUUGUGAAUUUAUUGGAUCGGUUCAGGCGGAUGAAGUGGUUCAUUUAACUCAUACAGUAGCUUGAGCAGCCAAAAGGCCGUGGGCGUGUUCUCUUCCCUCUGCCUGUUUUUCAUUGGUUGAAGCCGUUUGCUAUCACUUUGGGACAUAGUGUGCAAAUUUGCUUCAGUGCCGUUUUUUUUUUUUUUUCUCCCUGAUUCUCAUCGCGUUUAGGUGACUGGCUGAUGCAGCA